CCCCGGGCGCGCCAUGAACUCCCGCGGCCGCGGUGAGGGGCGCUGUCGCGGCCGCGCUGCCUGUCCCGCCGGCUUGGCCUCGCUAUCCACGCGGCGGAGUCGCGGCCCCUGCGCGCCAUGAGCCCCGCGCGACCGAGCGUCCCCGCGGUGCUGCGCGUCCUUGGCGGGCGGCCCCUGCUGCUGCUGCUGCUGCUACUGAGCGCCCCGGCCGUGCGGGGUGACUGCGGCCUGCCGCCGGACGUGCCCAAUGCCCAGCCCGUGCUGGAAGGGCUUUCGCCUUUCCCCGUGCAGCACACGGUGAGGUACAAGUGUAAUGAAGGUUUCGUGAAAGUUCCGGGCAAGCCAGACUCCGCCUUAUGCCAGGAAAACAACCAGUGGUCAGAGGUGAAAGAAUUCUGUAACCGCAGCUGCAAUGACCCCCCCAGGCUGCUCUUUGCAUCCCUUGAAAAGACUUACAGCAAUCAGAACUACUUCCCAGUCGGCUCCACGGUGGACUACCAGUGCCGUCUGGGCUACAGAAGGGAACGCGACCUGUCCACAACACUCACUUGCCUUGACAAUUUAGAAUGGUCCAAACCUGCCGAGUUUUGUAAAAAAAGAGCAUGUCCUAAUCCUGGAGAGCUGCAAAAUGGCAAUGUCAAGAUAGAAACUGACCUGUUAUUUGGUUCCUUCAUCUCCCUCUCAUGUAACACAGGGUAUAAAUUGAUUGGUGCAUCUUCCAUUUACUGUGUUGUUCAGGAAAAUGGUGUUGGGUGGAGUGACCGGUUGCCACUGUGCCAAGAAAUUUCUUGUCCAGAACCUCCAAAAAUUGAGAAUGGAAUGAUUAAAGAAGAAUCUAGCAUUUAUGUAUAUAGACAGACCGUAACAUAUGAAUGCAACAGAGGCUUCACUCUGGUUGGACAGCAUUCUAUUUAUUGCGACGCAGAGAAUGAAGAAGGAGUGUGGAGCGGCCCAGCUCCCGAGUGCAGAGGAAGACAUGUACCUCCCAAGCCUCCACCAGAAGUUCAGGAAUCUACAACAGUUCCGUCAGCUCAGAAGCCAACCAAAGUAAUUGUUCCAGCCACACAGGGUGUACCUGUUCCCAGGGCAACCACACGUGUGUACACGACAGGCACGACCAAAGGCAAAGGAAGCUCGCCUGCAGGUGCUGCCUAUCUUAUAUCUGCCUUGUUCCUGCUCCAGGGUCAUUUCAGGACGGCUGCAGAUCCUUUGGCCAAUGACUCGAGUGUCGCUGCGUGCCCACUGUCUCAGGGCUCCCCUCUAGGGCCUCAGUCAUCAUGGCCAGCCCCCCCGUAUUUCGUGGGUGACCAGAAACCGUUCCCGGACCAUUCCCGAUUUCUCUGCUAGCCCAAAGAAUACCGAGGGCUUCCAUCAGCUCCACCCUGCUGUUCUCCCCUUCCUGUUAAUGAUCUGAAGCAAAGUUGUCUUAAGGAAAAGUAUUCUGUGGUAGACAGGAGGCCCCAAACGUACCUGUGCCGCAGUGUCUCCCAGCGUUUGGUCCAGUCUUGAUUUGUCCUAGACAUCUUGUCUGAUAUGUGAUGCCUUAACAAGAUUAAGGAACUCCUUUGUUUGCCAAGGAGCACUGUGGCAGAGUUGGUUUACGGAUAAGUCCAAUAGAAUAUAUACUUUUAUUAAAAAGUGUUUAACAUUUUAUACUUAUAAGUAAACUCCCUUAUGCAUGCCAAGGAGUACUACAACUGAAACAGAUAUUAUAUUUCUAUUCUUACUACUAUUAUUAUUUAUUAUGGUUUCUUUAUAUUUUGAAUGAACCUCUCCUAAGCUAAUCUUGAAAGAUUCCAACAGUUGGAAUUCACUUUGUUCAUUCUAUAUUUUAAAUAGAAAUAAAUGCAUUCUAAAUGAAGAUCACAUGCUUUAAUGGUUUAAUGCGUACACAAGGGGUGAGUUUCAUAGAGGAGUUUUCUCACGCCCACCCGCUGACUUUGGAAGUUUCAAGUGCUAUUUUUUUCCCUUAACCUCUUGAAGCAUAGAUUUCCCAGGAAACAUUUUUCCCACGGUCGGUUGUAAUUCCAGCUUGGGUCCAAAGGAAAGAGGAACUCCUUCCUACUUAAAUCAGACAUACAGCAUAUUUUGGGUAACCUUAAACUUUAAAGAUAUAAACCUGAAAAUUAUCUUUAUUUCUUAAGUUUAUUCUAUGAAUCCAGUCAGUUUGUUACUUCACAGCUAGGUAACCUCUGUGCAAUGAGAUUGCUUUUGUUGAUUUCACUGUAGUGCAAGUAGAUGCUGCGGGUCAUGCUAGAGUUUUCUAAUCCUUUGACAUUUUCCUUUUGCCUUCCACUGAAAAAGAGAGAUUGGUUCAUCCUCACGGAACUCCCAGUGUUACCUUAAAACGAUGCUGCUGUUGCGAAUUUAAAGAUGCUUUCCCGCUGGUUCUGUAUCCGUAUUUCUCAGUUUUCUUUCCAUUCCUGCCUCUUCCUACAGAGAACAUUUUUAGGCAUUUUAUUCCUCACCCUUCCUCUGUGAGAUUGAAAUUGCACACAUACACUAGAAAUCUGUUUGUUCAUUUGAAGCGCGUAUCUCCAUCUGAGCUUUAGACAUUAAAGGAGAGUGAAUUUUUUCACCUUGGGGUGACGUCAGCCCGGUUGAGAAUACGUCCUCUGUGUAAUGCUUUUGUCUUUGUUUUUUAAAGGCAGCGUCAUCUAGAAAGACCUGGUGCCUCGGAGUCCGUCCGAGCUCAGUUUGAAUCCCAAGUUUCUCGUUGAGUAAUUAUGCAGCCCACGUGAUCAGCUUGAGCUCCGUGAGUCCCAGGUUCUCGUUUGGGGGCUGGAGAUCACGAUCGCUGGUUCAGGUCUUGGACGCUCAGUGCGAUAAUGGGUCCACAAGCUCCUAGCUCCGUGCCGGAGGCCGAGUGACGAGCAGCGGUCAUCGCAUGCGGUCACUCUUAUUUUCCCAAGAGAAGCUUCUGUUCGGGUGACCGUUCUCCUGGCCACCCCAGAGAGUAGGCUACAGGUGGUACUUGCAUGGCUGGGUGGCAGUUGCUGUAUUGAGAUUUGGAGGUGCACUGUUCCCCUUUGCCUCUCACAGCGAUCCUGCAGCGUAGGCUUUAGCUGUGACAACUGGUGUUUUGUCGAUUGGUCAGUUGCCCAGGGGCCCUGAGACAGCAGUCGGUGGGAAGAUGCUCAUCCUAGUGACAGGGUGACGGCUGGCACAAGUGAGUUAGACUAGUGAGCUGUGUGUGUGUAGAUUUCAAACACCUUUUGCAACAGAAUAGACUGACUUUUUUGGUUGUAUCAUAACCAGGUUUUUUAUUUCAAAAAUCCUGUAUUUAAUGGCUCAUUGGGCACACUCCGGAUCAUCUCGGGUCACAAUGCAUCGGAUGUGAGUCGCACAUUUGGAGAAAUAUUAGGCCCCAUUUUCCACAGGCUUUUUGACAUCUGCUCAUAGCCCUGAUUCUCUAAAAAUUCUGCAGUUCUUUUCUCUCCGUUAGCGAGAUCUUAUAUUGUGACAAUCAUAAACCCCUCACAAGGAUAAGGAAGGAAUAGUCAAGAAAAAGAGUGGACAGUGAGAGAGAGAGACAGAGAGAAAGGUCUUCCCUUUGCCGUUGGUUCACCCUCCAAUGGCCACCGCGGCUGGCGCACAGCGCAGAUCCGAAGGCAGGAGCCAGGUGCUUAUCCUGGUCUCCCAUGCGGGUGCAGGACCCAAGCACUUGGCCAUCCUCCACUGCACUCCUGGGCCACAGCAGAGAGCUGGCCUGGAAGAGGGGCAACCGGGACAGAAUCCGGCGCCUCAACCGGGACUAGAACCCGGUGUGCCGGCGCCGCAAGGCGGAGGAUUAGCCUAGUGAGCCACAGUGCCGGCGAAAAAGAGAAUUCUUAAAGUAUUUUUCCAUCUACUUGAACGUGGCACAUGUUGCAGCUUAGCCCAACUCUAAGUGUACUUGAAUCUGAAGUCAGUCUGUGAAAUGCAUAAGGGGCUAGUAGAGGAUUCUUCUCUGUGUCUUAGCAGACGUGUCGUUACAUGUGACGGCGAUUGCAGUUACUUACCUGAUACUCAGGUAAUGUAGUUCAGGAUAUGUUACAGGGUCCUGUGGAUCUGGAACAGGAAGUGUGUGAAUUUCUUUUAUUUAAAACAUUUGAAAGAGUACAGAGACAUAGAAAAUCUCAAGAUAACCCAGUCAAUUAGGGGCCCCUGUGGAUGUCGGGAGGAGGUGGUGUUGAACCUGCGUUUGUAAAUCAGAGAGUGUAAAAUAUACCCAAGUGCGUUCUUGUCCCAUCUCCAGAAGUCUUUUCCAGCGUGCUGUCCCUUGUGCACAGGCCUUGUCGUCUGGUACGUUAAAACAGGGUUAUAGGUAAGAACAGAAGCCACCCACAGCCUUCGCAGCUGUCCGUAACGGUAAUGCUAGGCGAGUGAGACCUUUGGAAGCCUUGUCAGCCCCCAUCUCUUCAGGAAGAGAGACAGGCCUCCCUGAAUUCACGCCAGCGCCUGGAAGUAGGAUUCUGCCUCAGGUUCUCUGGGAGUGGAGACGAUACUUUGAUCAGUGUGUUGCCCAUCUCAUAUAGAUUUUCAUAUUUUUAUUAAAAAUCAUGUUCGCAUGCUCUGGCUUGACUCUGGAGUUAGAAAUCAGGUUUUCUCUGGCAGUGAAUUGUUUGUCUUUCCCUUUUUUGGUCUAACUUUUCUCAUCUGCAGCAACAGGUAUCAUUCAGUGUAAUUUGCUAGUAUGUACUGCCUGCUUCCGUGGUCUGCCAGCCACCGUGCUGAUGACUGAAGGGGACCAGUGAGGACAGGUCGCGAUGGCUUCAGCGCUUCCUGUAGUACUGUGUGUACACAUGGGAAUCUCACUAAAUACUCCUUUUUGUUAAAGAAACAUGCCUUCUAGACUUAACUUGAUUUUCCUAUCUACAGUUCUUCAGUUGAAUGACCAGGACAUUUUAAUCAUGAUUAUAACUUCAUACAUAAUUUCAUACUUCAUUUUUGCCAAGUUGUGUGAAUCUUACGUUAACACUGAUUCACCUUUGGAUUUUUUCUGAGUUUUGAGGAUUUUUUCUGAGUUUUGAGGUCACAGAGUACUGCCCAUAUGCCUGAAAGUUUUGUUGGUUUCUAAUUUGGGAGAGAAUAUGCACUUAUUAAUUUACUAAGAAGAUGUGUUGAAUUUUAUUUCUCAUAUUCCUGUGUUUUGCUUUGAUUUUCUGUUAAUUCAUACAGCCUCCGCAAACUUUCUCUAGAAUUACAAAUGUCUAUUGACCAGUGUUCUUGGAAUAGUCUUUUACUUGUGUCAUCCAGGUUCCUCAAUACUUUUGAGUGGAUUGUCUGUCUUCAUUUGUCAUUUAAAUUGAAAAUGAGAUAUUAUAAGUGAUGAGACUAAUAGGAACUAGUGAAGGGAAGAAGAGCUCCAAAUUUUGAAGAGCUGUGAGUUAUUUUGUGGAUAAUCUUUCUAAGCCAACGACACAGUGCUAAGAGAGCAACUUAAAAAAAUGGAUUGGGUAAAAUACUCUAAAAAUGUACCUGUUAUGGAAGUAGGUUUUUUUUAAAGUCUUGCAUCCGUUUGGCAUAGUCUGUAUUUUGUUGAUUUAAGUCUCAUUAGCUUCAGUUCCUUCACCAAUGUCAGCUGUAAUGUCCUCUGUAGUAGAGAUCAAAAGAGUAGACUUGAAAACACUGCAGGUGGAGGCGGAGAUGGGGGAAGGGGGCGGGACAAGGGGGAACCGAGUGGUUUAGAGAAGUAAAAUCGUCUGAAAAACAAGUUGUAAACUUGAUUGAUUGGCUGCUGGCCAGCUUUCUUGGCCAAUUAAUUGCUGCUGUUCAGCUCAAAAUAAUGUCUUUAAUCUUAAAAGUAAACACAACAAUGAAAUGUCAUGAGUGAUGGAUUGAACCUGGAAGGCACACUCCACAGGCGUGGUGAAUGUAUUUCACCCUGCAGUCUACCUUGAUGGGGAAAUGGCUGCUCUCUACUAUGAACUCAGUAGAAGGCCUUCCCACUAACCACACGGGCAGCCGCCACCUCUCUGAGACCCACUGACACACCUACAACGUGAGCGUGAACGCCACAAUACCUGCUAGGUCUAAAAUUUCAUCUGAUCAUCGUGUUCGAGUGAUCAGGGAUCAAAACGUUGAACAUUGAGCAUGGUUAGGCUUAGACUCUGAAAUCCCCUCAAAUGUGUCAAAAGGUUGUGUUUGAAUGUUGUGACACUUUAAACAUGUUCUUUCUUUCAAAGAAAAUAGGGCAAGUAACAUGCAGUGUUUAUGGUCAAACUUCGAAUGGAAGAAAGCCGUGGGCAAAAUGCAGCUCACGUCUUCUCCUCCAGUUUGCUUUUCAACCAGUGUGUAUCUUACUGUGACCCCGCAGUGUACAUGUAUGUUAUUGCUUGUAUUUCUAUUAACUGUGUUACCACGUUUUUCCCCU